AUGCUGGAUGUUGUGGAAGCUAUCCUUCCCUUUGGAGCUGAGCAGUGGCAAAACGCUGUGUCUCAGUUCAAUACAAAUAUUCCAGCAGGGUGGACUGAGCGAGAUGGCGACAGCCUCAAACGUAAGUUCCAAAAGCUAGUUCGUGUUCCUAAACCGACAGGUACGGCGUAUUUGAUGUGCUGGCACUUGUGUGGUUUUCAACUGACCUAUUUCGAUUUAUUUGUAAGGGAACGGAACAUGUCCCGAGCAGGUGCAGCGCCAGCCUCGACGGACUCACAAUUAACCCAAACACCCACGGCAACUUCAAGUACACCCACCGCUCCGUCAACCCCACUACAAGCAACGCCGCGAGCUGACCGUAUCAUCGACACGGUGAACAACGACAUUCAAGCCAGCCAUAAUGCCUCGGACCCCUCGCAGUCGAUGCUGGCCAUGAUGAUGGCGAUGGAAGAGCGCCAACAAGCGAGAGAUGCGCAGUAUCGCCAUGAGCGUGAGCUCUGCCAGCGACAGAGAGAUGAGCGUGAAGCUGCCAACCAGCAAAUGAUGAUGAUGCUGCUGUUACGCCUCGUUGAAAGGGGUGGUGGUGCUGCGUCAAGCGGGGAGCAGCAUGGAAACGACACAGACGCUGGCCUAGAGAACAAGCUAGAAUAG